AUGGGCAAGAAGAAGAAGCGCGGCGGCGGCGGUGGUGGGGGUGGGGGUGGCGGAGGCGAGGGAGGAGGAGGCGGCGGGGUCCAGCAGGAGGAGAAGCCCGAGGCCGACGCCGGGAGCGGCUGCGAGGGCCAGGCCAAGGAGAAGCCCGCCGACGACAAGGACAAGGACAAGGAAAAGGGCGGCGGCGGGUGCAAGGACGACAAGGCGGACAAGGACAAGGACAAGGAUAAGGGCUGCGGCGGGGGCAAGGACGACAAGGGCGGGAAGGACAAGGCGAAGAAGCCGCCGCCGCCGCUCCCCGUGGUCACCGCCGUGCUCAAGGUGGACAUGCACUGCGACGGCUGCGCGCACCGCAUCCGCGCCUCCGUUCGCCGCUUCCCAGGGGUGGAGGGCGUGGCCAUGGAGGUGGACAAGGGGUCCAUGACCGUCGUCGGCCGCUUCGACGCCAAGAAGCUGCGGGACCGCGUCGCCGCCAAGACCAGGAAGAAGGUCGAGCUCGUAGGCGGCAAGGACAACAAGGGCGGCGGGGACAAGGACAAGUGCGCUGACGGUGGCGGGGACAAGAACAAGUGCGCCGACGGCGAGGGCAAGAAGGAGGAGGAGAAGAAGGAGCAGGACGACAAGUGCGGCGGCGGCGGCAAUGCCGGGAAGGGGAAGGGCGGCAAGGACAACAAGAAACCCGCGGUGCCGGUGAUUGUGACGGUGGUGCUCAAGAUCGGCUCCGCCGGCCUCCACUGCGACGGCUGCAUGCACCGCAUCCGCUGCAAGCUCUUCAAGAUCAAAGGCGUGGAGCAGGUGAAGAUGGACCCGGGCAAGAACCAGGUGACGGUGACGGGCACCAUGGACGCCAAGGCCCUGCCGGAGAAGCUCCGCAAGAAGCUGCGCCGCCCGGUGGACGUGGUGCCGCCCGGCAAAGGGGACAACAAGGAGAAGGACAAGGACGGGUGCAACAAGGACGGGAAGCAGCAGCAGCAGCAGCAGCAGGGGGGCGACGGGAAGCAGUGCAAGGAGGCGGCGGAGAAGGCGCUGGCGGCGGAGCUGCAGCUGUGGAAGACGGCCUUCUACGACCAGCAGGCGAUGCAGGCCACCGAGUUCCUCCUCAGCGACGAGAACCCCAACGCCUGCGCCGUCAUGUGACCUUGGUCCUUGGCCGGCGACCGGCGGACGAUCGGAGGACUGACAGACAGAUAGUAGAUAGAUAGCAAGUUGGGGAGAAACCUGGAUUUGGUAUAGGCAACCGAACAUAUCGAUGCAGAAUUCAGUCGUUGGUUGAUGAUUACUCUGUUUUUUGGGUGAGGGAGGAGUGCAAUGUGCAUGCAAGUUCCUCUCACUAGGUUCUUGGCCAUGUUUGUAAUGUGAUGAUGAUGGCUUGUUGAUGGAACCGUUGGCUGGCUGCCGCAAUCGAUCGAUUUUGGGGUGAACUGCUGAAGUUCUUGUGAUGUGAUGUGAUGGAUGGGGUGAUGGAUGGUACUACAUUAUCAUUAUGAUCAAUGAUGACACAGCAUUAUGUAUGAUCUCCGUGAAAUGUACGUCCUAGUUCAUUGGUUUUUUGUACCCCAAAACCGUGUCACGUUGGUUGGUUCUUGGUUGGGGGUACUGCAUUACGAUCAAUGCUCGUGUUUUUGUAGAUCGUCUGCAUUGUGAUGAAUGCUUGUGUUUUUGUAGAUCGUCAGGUACUAGUGGAAUGGAGAUCACUGACAUGCGACGUGUGUGCAUGCUGCAGCAUCUUUCUUUUGCUCCUUCAGAUAAGAGAUGUUUUGUCUGUUUUGCCUGCUGUGAGCAGAGAGUACUCGAGUUUGCGCAGAGUGGGUGUGUGUGUUUGGGGCCAGAGAAAAGCGGCUUGUGGCCUUGGACCGGAGGACGAAGGAGGGAACAGCGAGAGGACCUGCUGAUGCCGCAUCUGCAGGAGAUGUGCGUCUGCCAUCACAACUCCACAACAAGGCUGCGAGGGUGACGCGCAAAGGCUACUUUUGGGCACUCGCAUCUUCCUCUUUCUCUCCGGCAUGCAUUUGGACUGGCCUUGCACCGGAGAAUUGCGUGCCGUGUUCCUGGAAUUUGUACAUGUUCUCAGGUUCUUGUGAUGGAUGGAUCAUGGAUGGAGUACUGCAUUAUAUGAUCUGUGAUGAUUGAACAUUGUGUUCUGAAGUUGUUCUCUGUAUAUGGCUCUAUGGCGCAUGAUUAAAGACUAGAACCGCGCCGCCUGCCUCCGAGCGUCUCUCUUGUAAUUGGUCUUGUUUUCCCAUUGUUUACUAAUGUUAUUGCUAUUGUUUUUCAGUGGAGCGAUCGUCCUAAGAUUGCUUCCAUGUUCUUUGUAUUAACAGAACACGGGCCGGGCACAUACACAGAAACAAAGGACUAGACAAAAGAGGAACAAAGAAACUGAAAGACCAAAACCAAGAAAUGCGAAGAAACAACAACAAAUAGAAAAAAAAAAGGUCAUGAAACACCGCCCUUUAU